AUGGAUAAAGACAUAUAUGAAAGGCUGCCCAACACAGUGGGCAUAUUCAUGGGCGAAGUAAUCCGGGACUGUUGGGAUCGGGACGGGUAUCAGAGGAGGGAUGGUGGCUGUAGCGCACUAUCUGAGCUCUCGGAGAGUGAUCUCUCGGAUAUCAGUCCCACAGAUGCACACCGAUGGGGUUACCCAGUUAUUAUACAUGAAACAGAAUUGGAAAUAAUCAUGAUAAUGUUGACGAGACACCCAAACCCUGCCCCGUGCGAGGUGACUCGGGAUCCCCAUACUGUCGUGAUCAUUGUAAACGUGCUUGUGAAGUUAAUGGCGCUGAAGACCCGCGUGACGGUCAUGAGCCAUCUUCAAAAUGCCCCUGGUGGAUUUAAACAUGUCGGCGAAGAUGGCAUUUUGCGAUCCUUCGAUGGAAACGGGAACGUGGUUGACUACACCCGACUCUCAUGA